AGUUGACGCAGCGAUCUUAUUUCGCCAAAUCGAUGAUUUAUUUUAAUGUGUAUAUUUGUUUCUGUCUUGCUUCUGGGUUUUCCAUUUUUAACGUAAUUUCGAAAGAGGCUGCGCCUUUACAAGGUUCACAGACCGUAUUUAUAGGUCCAAGCAUUAAGGGACUCAUUCCCGAUUUUUGUUUAACCCCGAGCUGUGCAACAUGGCGGCCCCCAUAGAAGGCCGAGCGCGAAGUUCAAAAAGUAUGUCUUUUCCUUUGUAUACGGUAGAUGCUUUUACCAACAAACCGUUUGCGGGUAACCCUGCAGCAGUGUGCCUGGUAAAACAUGAUCAGGUUCUUGAUGAUGAAACCAUGCAGAAGCUAGCAACUGAAAUGAACUUAUCUGAAACAGCAUUUGUAAGGACCCUGUCUGCAACAGAAGAUUUUCAGUCAGGUAGCAGAUAUGGUCUUCGCUGGAUGACACCUACCAUUGAAGUGGCCUUGUGUGGGCAUGCUACACUUGCCUCUGCAGCAGUGUUGUUUUUCUGUUUAAAUAAUCCUUCUCCUGAGUUGACCUUUGUGACCUUGAGUGGUGAGUUGAAGGCCAGAAGAUGUGAUCCAUUUGUCAGCCUUGACCUUCCUCUCAACAGUUGUGAACCCGAGACUGUGAAUGAUGCAGAGGAAUUGAUCAAGUUAACAGUGAAUUCUCUACCAGUCAAGGAAGUGCAGUAUUCAAGUACUACAAAGAAACUUUUGGUGUGCCUUGAAAACAGCGUCAGCAGACUACAGCUAGAGAGCAUGCAGCCACAUGUAGAUCAAAUGAUUGCCACCCACAAUACAGGACGUAUAAAAGGAGUGAUUGUAACACUAGGAGGUUCUGAAGGCAAUGGUUGUGUGGACUCGAAUGGAAAAGUGUAUGAUUUUGUGUCUCGCUAUUUUGCACCCUGGAAUGGGAUAAAGGAAGACCCUGUCACAGGGUCAGCACACACAGUCCUGUCCAGCUACUGGUCAAAGAAGUUGGGGAAGAAAGCACUUUACGCACGCCAGUGUUCACCAAGAGGAGGUGACCUCAAAAUUCAAGUAAGAGAUGACGGAAGAGUUGACAUUGCAGGAGAAGCUGCCAUAGUCAUGAGUGGGAAUAUCUUUAUCUAGUCAACAUUUGUGGACCAUCAGCAUUAUUAGACAUGUUGUUCAUGAAUCACAAAUAAUAAAAACUGAAAACAAAGCUAUGAAAAAAAAAAGAAAAUUGACAGUCAAAGAACCAUUCUUACCUAAAAAUAUAUGCUGUUCAUAGAAUUGAAAAGAAAACCCCAUAAAAAGAAGAGAUGUACUAGUUAGUUACUACAUAACUGACAAACCUGCAUAGGAAAAGAUUAGAUUAUACAAAUGAGGAAUACUUGUAUAGCUUUAAACUAGACAAAAAUGAAAAUUGGUGUAAGUUUGAGUAGAAAACUUUUUAUCCCAAAUGUUCUUAUGAUUCAGUUAUAUAUAUAUAUAUAGAGAGAGAGAGAGAGAGAGAGAGAGAGAGCAUAUUAUUAAUUCCUUUCUGAAACAAUUAUGGUGCUAGAUAAGGGAUAGUAAUUUGAAUAAAAACAAAAUCUGCGGUGCAGUAGUUUUAAAGCUGCAGUAACAGUCUUCUAAUUUCAUUCAAACACAGCAUUUGAUAAGUACAGGUAUUUCAAAACUGUUAAUGUUUCAUAUACAACUUCAGCCUAGUGGGUGGCAAUUUUAUUAUUAAAAAUUGUAGUUGCCAAAUUAUUCUAUUUGUCUAUGCUGCAAUCAAUCUACUGUGUUACUGUAAUGUACAAUGCUAAGGAUUUCAUUGUAAAAGAUGGUGAUGUUUAUACUGAGAGUAUAUAAUAAUGAAAAAGAAUUUUACUGUUUUAAAUUCAAUAUUUUGUUUUUAAUGAAAUUCUAUAUUUGUUCAGG